CGGGGCGUUGCGGCCCUCUGGCGGCGAUUUAUUCGGCUGAUACUUUGUAUUGGAUGGAUGCCGUUGGGCUCAGCUCAUUGGUUCGGCCAUCCUUCCAGUUCCGAAUACCCGGAGAUGCUAGCUGUGUGCUUGCCGUCAUGGCUGACAUACCAUUCUGCAGGCUUUCAGCUGCUACUGCGCAAGAAAAUGGGGGGAGAGGUGAGCGAAUGGGACUUUGAUCUUGAACGAUUCAUAUAUGGGCGCACGGUCUCAGCCCCUGUGCCUCAGCCUCACUUUGGAGCUGGAAACGCCGGACCUCUGGGAGUAUCAUAAGGAGGGGGGGGUAAGACCCCUCCCAACGAAAGCUUUGGGCUUGACAACUACACACUCUUUCGCUGAGCGGUUGGCAGCUGAAGCACCGGACAAUUGGUUUUAGAUAAGACAGCCGUCGCGCAAGACGAGGACAGCAAAUUAUUAUGGCUUGCCGACAACUCUACCCUCCUCCAUCCAGCUCGGAUACCGAGACGCACAAGAUUGACAUCUUCGCUGUCCAUGGUCUCAACCCGCGGAGCAAAGAUAUCUCGGCCCACGCGUGGGAUACAUGGCGCGCACCAGAGGGUCCAGAGGGCCGUCUUUGGCUGAAGGAAGACCUUCCCCGCGUUGUGCCCGAUGCGAGAAUAUUCCUGUAUGAGUACGACUCCAAAGCUGUCUUUGGCAAGGACAGAUCCACCUUCGUCGAUAAAGCAACAGAGCUCCUGGAGACUGUGCGAUGCGAACGCGACAAGAAUGAUACUAGACCGAUACUAUUUAUUGGACACAGCCUCGGGGGGUUGUUGAUCAAGCAAGCCCUGAUCAACGCUCAUAACAACCCCAAGUUCACCGAGAUCAAGGAUGUCACCACAGGCCUGGCCUUCUUUGCGACACCCCACAACGGCGGAGACUGGAAGCUUGUGAGCCUUGGAUCUCUCGUGGCCAGAGUUGCAACUGCCACUGGCUUCCAGCCCGGAGACGACGUCAUGGAAGUGUUGAGAGAGGGCAGUCUGUUUUCCGACAUCUUGACCGAGAUGUGGCAGCACCAACUGAUGAAGUAUGAUAUCAUCUCGUUCUGGGGUUCCGAAGAUUAUACUGUUCCCCCAAAAAGCGCCAAGCUUGGUCUUCCCGGCAAUGUCGAAAACGUGGUGAAGCUCAACGGCGACCACAGCUCGCUGUGCAAGAUCGGCACCACACAGAAAGACCAAGACAACCUCAAGAAGAUUCGACGAAAUAUUGAGGAUAUCUACAGCAAGGCGUUGGAGAAACAACCACAGCCAGCCAUCAGUCAGCCUAGGAUUCCGAUCAUUAAUGGCUGGGAUGGCCAGGACCGGCCCUCCCCUCCGGUGCUUCCACCACGACCGAUGUCGGCACAAAACACCCCUGGAAGGAGAUCCGUCUCGCCGCAGCCUCCCGCCUUUUUCUCACCACCAUCUGACCCGGGCUAUGUCUCGCCAGAACCCGCCGCGCAGGAAAUCUAUGGCGACAUAUAUCUCCCCACUGACCCAGCCGAUACGAGGUCAGUUCGAGAGGCUGAACUCAGAAACGCCAACAAGUGGGAAGAAGUGCGCCAGUUGGAACGACAGGUAUUUGAAGAGCACCAGCGGACGCUAGGCCAGGAGAACGCCGAGACCAUCAGUGCAGCGUAUGAGAUCGCCUACACGGCGAAUGACACGGGUCAUCUUCUAGACUGCGAAAGAUGGACCGGCUGGGCGCUUCAAGUCGGCAGCCAAUUCUUGAACCCCAAGCAUCCCCUGAUCCUGAAGCUCAACAGGCUCGAGGGCGAGAUCCUCACGGACAAGGGCGACUGGGAGGACGCCGAAAACAUCUUGGCCAACACUCUAGUCAACCAACAGGAUGCCCUCGGUCCCAACCACCUCGAUACUCUCACAACCGAGCGUGCUCUCGGGGUGGUAUGCCAUGCUCUCAAGCGCCCAGAAGAGGCCCAAAACAGGCUGCAGCACCGUCUCGCAGCCCUCUCCGAAGUGCUGGGCGAGAACCACGUCCUGGUAGUGUCGGCAGUGAUUGACCUGGUCGAGAUCAGCACCCCCUCGCCAGACGCAGACCCUUAUGGUCUCGAAAAGACAAAUCCCAAAGUGAUCUCUGCUGAAGUCGGCAUCCGAAACCUCUACAAUAAGCUCAGGCAGUCGGUCGGUCCCACCAACCGGGUCACCCUCCGCGCGCUGAGGAACCACGGCAAGCUCAAGAUCCUGCUGGGUGAUAUCACCGAGGCCGGCGACUUGCUACGUCGAGCCAAGUCCCAGACGGAGGAGACGCUCGGGCCAGACCACCCCGAUACCAUGGCCGCGGUGGUAGCCAUGGCGAUACUCUACGCCAAGACAGGCACCCCACGGCCUGGUGUCUUCCCGGCUGCGUCAAGGCCCUGGAUGGAGCUUUACAUCAAGUGGCUGGAGCCGAGGAAGGGACUCAAGGUUGCAGAGGUCCAGAAUGCGCUCGCCAUGCUGGGCAUGUCGUACGUGAAGGAUGGCCUGUGGCUAGAAGCCGAAAUGUGCUUUGAGAAGCUGGUGACGGCGUAUCAAGGGACGAAGAAGCAGGGGAGUACAGAGGCCCAGCAGGCGAGCAUGUGGCUUGAGACGUGUAGGAUGACCACACGUACCAUGGGGGUCGCGAGGAACAGGGGGUAUGGGGGAGGUGGGAAUGGCGGUAACGGGGGAAGGGGAGGCGGUGGUGGGGGAGAUCUUGCCAACCUGCUGGCCACGUUGGGGCUUGGGAGAAAUAGGUGA